GAGCGUAGUGAACCCGGAAGUUAUUUUUUAUUUACGCUUCUAAAAAGAUGGCGGACAUGGACGAGUUGUUCGGCAGUGAUGGAGACAGCGAUAACGAACAACGAGAUUCCGGUUCUGGUUCGGGUUCUGGGUCCGACUCGGAGCAUGAGAGGCCGCGCUCAGCUAGUAACGCCUCUGGCAGUGGGAGCGACAGGGAUCAGGACGACGACGACGACGACGAUGAUGACGGUCACGAUGGUGGAAAGCCGAGUAACAAAGAGCUGUUCGGGGACGACAGUGAAGACGAGCGGGGCAGCGACAACCAAUCAGAACACUCUGGGAAUGACAACCAAUCAGAUGCCAGUGAGCACUCUGAGGCGGAGCAGCACAGUGGUUCAGAGGGACAUCACGAAGAGGAAGAUGAUGAUGACGCUCACAGUCACAGGUCAGAUGCAGGAAGCCCCGCCUCCGGCGCAGGAAGCCCAGUCUCCGGAGCAGGAAGCCCAGUCUCCGGUGCAGGAAGCCCAGUCUCCGGAGCAGGGAGCCCAGUCUCCGGGGCAGGGAGCCCAGUCUCCGGGGCAGGGAGCCCAGUCUCCGGGGCAGGGAGCCCAGUUUCCGGGGCUGGGAGCCCCGCCUCCGGAGCUGGGAGCCCCGCCUCCGGAGCUGGGAGCCCCGUCUCCGGAGCUGGGAGCCCCGCCUCCGGGGCAGGUAGUCCCAUCUCUGGCGCAGGAAGUCAUCCUUCUGGGAGAGGAAGCGUCACGCCGAUGUCUGACCACUCAGAUGGAGAAGGCUCGGUGAGAGGCGGUCACUCAGGAGAUGAGAAGUGGGGGGGCGAGGGAAAAAGCGGCAGCCCACGGUCUGACCAAUCAGAGGACGAGGAGAAGCAGCGCAACUCAGACGAUGAGCGAGAUCACUCUGACGAUGAGGGGAGGGGACACAAGUCUGGCUCAGCUAAAGGCAGUGACAGUGAGGACGACUUUGUGGGACGGAAGAAGAAGAAGAAGAAAGCAGCGUCUGAUUCUGACUCGGACAGUGACAUGGGGACAGAGAAGGGUAAUAAAAAUGUGGCGGAUGAUCUGUUCGGAGAAGCAGACGACAUCUCAUCAGACAGCGAUAAUGAGAAACCACCCACACCUGGACAACCGCUGGAUAACGAGGAUGGUAUGGAAGGAGAGCAGCAGGAGGAGGAGCCGCUUCCAGAGACCCGGAUAGAGGUGGAGAUCCCUAAAGUCAGCACAGAUUUGGGAAGCGACCUUUACUUCGUCAAACUGCCCAACUUCCUCAGUGUGGAGCCGAGGCCAUUUGAUCCUCAGUACUAUGAGGAUGAGUUUGAGGAUGAGGAGAUGUUGGAUGAAGAAGGUAGGACCAGGCUGAAGCUGAAAGUGGAGAACACUAUCAGGUGGCGCAGUCGCCGUGACGACGAGGGGAACGAUAUCCGGGAGAGCAACGCGCGUAUCGUUAAGUGGUCUGACGGCAGCAUGUCCCUGCACCUGGGUAAUGAGGUGUUUGAUGUGUAUAAAGCUCCUCUGCAAGGAGACCACAAUCACCUGUUCAUCAGACAGGGCACAGGACUGCAGGGUCAGGCCGUGUUCAAAACCAAACUCACCUUCAGACCCCACUCGACAGACAGUGCCACUCACAGGAAGAUGACUCUCUCUCUGGCUGAUCGAUGCUCCAAAACACAGAAGAUCAGAAUUUUGCCGAUGGCCGGCCGAGAUCCAGAGUCCCAGAGGAAUGAGAUGAUAAAGAAAGAGGAGGAGCGGCUGAGGGCGUCUAUCCGCCGCGAGUCCCAGCAGAGGAGGAUGAGAGAGAAGCAGCACCAGCGAGGCCUGAGUGCCGGAUACCUGGAGCCUGAUCGCUAUGACGACGAGGAAGAGGGAGAAGAAGCAAUCAGCCUCGCCGCGAUAAAGAGCAAAUACAAAGGACUGAGAGAGGAGAGAGCGAGGAUCUACUCGUCCGACAGUGAUGAAGGCUCUGAUGAGGAUAAAGCACAGCGCCUCAUGAAGGCCAAGAAACUCGACAGUGACGAGGAAGGAGAGAACUCUGGGAAGAGGAAGGCCGAGGACGACGACGACUCGUCCACCAAGAAAGCCAAGAAAUACGUGAUCAGUGAUGAGGAGGAGGAGGAAGAUGAGGAAGACUAGCGCUCAUUUAUUCUUCCUUUCUCUUCUGUUUCUCCGUCCUUCUGUGCUGAGUGUCGGGGGGGGUGUCGGGGGGGGAGCGGGGUGUCGGGGGGGGAUUUUUAUAGCUGCUUCAGUGGAAAAUAAACAGUUAAACUCAA